UUUAACCUUUUAUAAUUCCAGAUUCAAAAUGUUUACACCAGACAAUGAACCUUUAAAGAAGGAUAGAUAGACGUAUAGACGGACAGAAAAAAGGAUGCAUAAAAUGUUGUGGAAUCAUUGGUUUUGGAUAACCUACUUUAUCACAGCAGGUUUUGUCGUGGCCGGGGUACUGUCAGUACCAGUCAAACAAAAGGUUGACACAGAAUUAAACUCAGAUGAAAAUUCAACUGUACAAUCUCUCCUUUCCACCACAAACCCGGAGCAGGGUUUGGAGGAGAGCAAAACCAUUCUCCCCUGGUUUGCGGAGAGGCUGGGGAAUCUAGAUGAAGAACGGAAUGAGUUUCCAAGUUCAGGUUCUGGUAGUUUAGUUUUCAACACUCAGACAAGAAAUACAGAAUCUACAGGUACAGAGCCCGGGACAGAAGUACCUGGACCGGAAAAUUCAUCAAAAGACUCAAAAAACCUGGAGAAAAGGUUUGAUCCUAGCUCCGAGAGUGAAGUAGGAUCGGAGAGGGACGGAAAAGCUCUAAAUGUUCCGGUUCAUAUUAAAGUUUCCUCCGAGUAUAUAUUAUCUACUCUUCAUCCAACCUUCAGUCCUACUCUGGGUAGGGUUGAGGGUCUACUAGUUCCAAUGAUAAGCGGAUCCUUUACUCCAAGAUGGAACUCCCCCUCCUCCUCCUCCGCCCCCAGCUCUAAUCCAUGGAGCAACCUAAACCAAACUCAGGGUGAAAACCCAACCAGUGAUGCUCAUUUGGCUUUUAUAACCAACCCGAGUGAUAUUAAACCAAAGACGAGCGAGUUUAACUCUGGACUAUCUGAACCUACAGGAUAUAUAUCAUUAAAGGAAACCAACAUGUCAACCAAACGCCCCAGGAAGGAAAGUGAAGACAAUACACACAAAGAGAUAAUUCCCGAGAUAAAGUUUAGCGUAAACCAAGAUACACUAAACAGAACACUAAUCCACGAUCUCAAAACUAAAUCCACGAACCGGAGGGAACCAGUUGAAAAUAAUUUAUCGGAAACCCCGGAUUCUUACGGAAUCCUAAACAAAAAUCCAGUUUUGGAAGAAGAUGUAAGCGACGACGAUGAACCCAAUCAAUCCGAAAGAAUUGAAGUGGCGCGAACCUCCGAGUCCCGAGAAAUAAAACCGGGACGGAUGGGUUCAGAUGAUCUUGGUAGAUCACUAGAUCUCCAGGCUGAGCUUCUAGAGGUUCCAUCUCAGCAACUAGUUCCUCAACAAGAGUUAAGACUGGAAGGAGAGGGAGAGGAUCGGAUUACGUUUGAGAUUGAACGAAGACGACGGACGAGUUUUUUGGAUAUCAGUAACGUUGUCGGGAUAGCCUUAGGGCUUCUAGUCUUCCUUCUUAUUCUCUCAGGAGUAGCAGGUGGAUUACUGUACAGACGACAGUACAGUCAGAAGAGACAAGGAGAGAGAUUUUCUAAUUUUGAUUCGAGUAGUUUCGCGGGCAGUGAUACAUUCAAUACCAUCAGCUAUGCUGACUGUGCUGGGUUAGAGGUUAAUAAGGAUAAUUCGAGUGAAGAACUUUACAGCUUAGACAACGAUUCUUUUCUCAACAGUUUAGAAGCUAUGACAUUCUCAUCACCAGGGGAUACCUGGGAUACCAGGCAUACAAACCUAUAGGAUACCUGGGAUACCAGGCUUACAAACCUAUAGGAUACCUGGGAUACCAGGCUUACAAACCUAUAGGAUACCUGGGAUACCAGGCAUACAAACCUAUAGGAUACCUGGGAUACCAGGCAUACAAACCUAUAGGAUACCUGGGAUACCAGGCAUACAAACCUAUAGGAUACCUGGGAUACCAGGCUUACAAACCUAUAGGAUACCUGUCAUACCAGGCUUACAAACCUAUAGGAUACCUGGGAUACCAGGCAUACAAACCUAUAGGAUACCUGGGAUACCAGGCUUACAAACCUAUAGGAUACCUGUCAUACCAGGCUUAAAAACCUACAGGAUACCUGGGAUACCAGGCUUACAAACCUAUAGGAUACCUGUCAUACCAGGCUUAUAAACCUAUAGGAUACCAGGGAUACCUGCAGGCUUACAAACCUAUAGGAUACCUGGGAUACCUGCAGGCUUACAAACCUAUAGGAUACCUGGGAUACCAGGCAUACAAACCUAUAGGAUACCUGGGAUACCUGCAGGCUUACAAACCUAUAGGAUACCAAGGAUAACAAUGGUACUACUGAGAUACUUUAAUGUUGAAAAUAUCUAAAUUAACCGAGUUUAUAAAGUUUUAAACCCUGAGAUUUGUAAGUCUUUGAUGGCACGAUUAGGGAUGAAAUUACCCUUUAUAAAACUCCGAAUCGUGAGGAUGGAUUUGAUGUCAUGAAUUCUGUAUUUUUUUCAUCAUCCUUGUGCUUUAUGCGGGAAAUUAUUGUGAUACGUGUUCUGGAAACCCAAAACGCAUGAAUAUUGACAUAAUGUUUUGAAUCAUAAAAUUGAAAUAUUUG